GCGCCUCCCGCCGCCGCCGCCGCAGCCCGGAGCAGCCCGCAGCCCCGGCAUGGAGCGCCCGCUCAACCUCAGCUGCCUCGCCGAUACGACGCCGGACAGCGGCAACAGGAGCGCGUCCCCCGGCGGCCCCGAGGGCGGCCAGGCCCCCCAUCUCUCCGUCUUCAGCGUGUUGGUUCUCACGCUGUUGGCCAUGCUGGUGGUGGCCACGUUCCUCUGGAACGGGCUGGUCCUGGCCACCAUCCUCCGCGUGCGCAGCUUCCACCGGGUGCCCCACAACCUGGUGGCCUCCAUGGCCGUCUCCGACGUGAUGGUGGCAGCCCUCGUCAUGCCCCUCAGCUUGGUGCACGAGUUGUCCGGGCGGCGGUGGCGGCUGGGCCGGUCGCUGUGCCAGGUGUGGAUCUCCUUCGAUGUGCUGUGCUGCACUGCCAGCAUCUGGAAUGUCACGGCCAUUGCCCUGGACCGCUACUGGUCCAUCACCCGCCAUCUGGAGUACACGCUGCGCACCCGGCGCCGCAUCUCCAACAUCAUGAUCGCUCUCACCUGGGCGCUCUCCGCCUUCAUCUCUCUGGCCCCGCUGCUCUUUGGCUGGGGAGAGACUUACUCAGAGGACAGCGAAGAGUGCCAAGUCAGCCGGGAGCCUUCCUACACCAUCUUCUCCACCUUUGGGGCUUUCUACCUGCCCCUCUGCGUGGUGCUCUUUGUGUACUGGAAGAUCUACAGGGCUGCCAAGUUUCGGAUCGGAUCUCGCAAGAGCAACUCCAUCACCCCCAUGACACCAGAAGCACUGGAGGUGAAAGAAGCUGCCCAGCAGCCACAGAUGGUCUUCACUGUCCGUCAUGCCACGGUCACAUUCCAGACGGAGGGAGACACGUGGAGAGAGCAGAAGGAAAAGAAAGCUGCCCUCAUGGUGGGCAUCCUUAUUGGGGUCUUCGUGCUCUGCUGGAUCCCCUUCUUCAUCACAGAGCUCAUCAACCCGCUCUGCUCAUGUGACAUCCCACCUGUUUGGAAGAGCAUUUUUCUAUGGCUGGGCUACUCAAAUUCCUUUUUUAAUCCACUCAUCUACACUGCUUUCAACAAAAACUACAACAACGCCUUCAGGAACCUAUUCUUUAGGCAGUAGUGAGCAGCAAAAUCUUUCCUGCCGCCCCAGGAAGCUGAUUUUAAGUGUCAAUGAUUCUGACCAAAUUCCUGAGGAAGUUCAAAGCCACAGAUACUGAGGUGAUGCCAAAAAUGUAUCACCAUGGGUAAUGUGUCCCAGUCCCUAGGCAGGCUUUCCAUCCCAGCCUCUUAGCUGCUGUUUUUCCUGCAAGUAGCAUGUAAGGGCUUCUCCUGCCAGCAGCCAGUGCCCUGCUGUGUUCCUCCUGCCUCCCCAGUGAUGCUCUCUUUGGUGGCACCAAAGGUGCAGAAGAGUCCAAUGGCAAAGAAACUUCGGUUUGGCCACUGCUGGAAUCUCCCAGCAUUAAUCACCUUUGUCCUAUGUGCAGAGCUGGGACCCUAUAACAUCAGGAGAUUUUGUGAUUGCAUAUGAGAGUGCAUAUUUUAUGGCUUGGCUGAAAACAUGGUUUGUCUUGUCUUUCACUGGUAAAGACUGCAAAGUGUUUGGUUUUUUUGGGAAACAAAACCCUUGGUAAGGGUUAAGUGCAGACUACAAGUAUGAAGCUUUUUCUCACAU